AUGGGCAAACUCUUGUCAAAAAUAUUUGGCAACAAGGAGAUGCGCAUCCUUAUGUUGGGAUUAGACGCAGCUGGAAAAACUACAAUAUUGUAUAAACUUAAAUUUGGACAGUCUGUCACAACAAUACCAACAGUAGGAUUUAAUGUGGAAACAGUAACAUACAGAAAUGUUAAGUUCAAUGUUUGGGACGUGGGCGGUCAAGAUAAAAUACGCCCGCUUUGGCGUCAUUAUUAUACCGGAACACAAGGACUUAUUUUUGUAGUGGAUUGUGCAGAUCGUGAUCGAAUUGACGAGGCUCGUCAAGAAUUGCAUCGAAUUAUCAACGAUAGAGAAAUGCGUGACGCUAUUAUAUUACCACACGAAAUACAGGAGAAACUGGGCUUAACGAGAAUACGAGAUAGAAAUUGGUAUGUUCAGCCGUCAUGUGCCACGACGGGGGAUGGACUUUACGAAGGCCUUACUUGGUUGACUAGUAAUCAUAAAUUAUGA